AUGGAUAACAGCCCAACAGUGUCGCUCCCGGCGUCAUUCUCACCAUGCCAAACAUGCAAACAUGGCGAUAGACUGAGUGUCGAUUUCCGUGGCGUUGGCAUCAAAAGCCUUGAGGAAAGUGCCCAGGCCGGAUGCUCAGCUUGCUUCGAUGGCCCGGCUAUAGAUAUAUGUCCACCUGGAAGAUGGUGGGACUUGACGGCCUACAUCUACCGAAGUCCUGGGAGCAACCAAGUACCUUGUCCUGCUAUCGGCCUGGCUCGAGAGAUCGACGACCGAAGAGACAGUUUUACACCCGGGAUAACGGAGUGGCUGCGGAACUGUCGAGAAAAUCACCCGGACUGUGCGGACAACCACAGCGUUCUGCUUCCAAGUCGAGUGCUGGAUAUCGGUUACAACAACUCAGAAUGGAUAAAGCUGAAAGGGGCUUCCGGCCAGGAAGGUUCCUAUACCGCUCUAAGUCACUGUUGGGGUGGCGGAAUUGCAGUGCGAAUGGUUAUGGCAAACCUCGGCAGAUACAAGGAAGGAAUUCGAUAUAGUGACCUCCCCUUGACCUUUCAACAUGCCGUCACUGUCACACGGGGUCUUGGAAUAAAGUACCUCUGGAUUGAUGCUUUAUGCAUCAUCCAAGACGACCAAGACGACUGGCAACAAGAAUCCGGUAACAUGGCCGCUAUCUAUCGGGAUGCGUACUUUGUGAUAGGCGCCGACAUGUCAAGAGAUUCGAAUGGGGGGUUCCUGGAUGUUUCGGAAACCGACUUUCAUGACGAGAGGAAACUGAUAGGGGUCGACGAUAAGUCAAACCCUAUAUACGUCCGGGAAGAAUACCGGCGGGGCGGCGAAUGGGACCAACCGUUGGCUUUUGAACCCUUAAAAAGAAGGGCAUGGACGUUACAAGAACAGAUACUGGCUACGAGGAUGGUCCACUUUACAUCACAGGAGAUGGUGUGGGAAUGCAAAUACGGGCUGAUCUGUCAGUGUAUGCAUCUUGACCGUGCCGGCGGAAACUCACUCCAACUUCGAGGAUAUUUUGCUUUUCCCUUUCCUAGAAAGUUCAAAGCUUGGUAUCAGGUCGUGAACGAGGUGAUGCAGCGACAUAUCACAAAACCUGAAGAUAUAUUACCUUGUCUCUCGGGUCUAGCUCGUCUGUUGCAUGGGGAUGAAGCUGGAUGCUAUCUCGCAGGUCUUUGGUCUAACGACUUGCCAGCAGGGCUUUUGUGGAUUGUGAAUCAUCCUGGAAAGCGGCCGAAUCCAUACCGCGGACCAUCAUGGUCAUGGGUAUCAGUCGAUCAGAGAUACAGUCCCUAUCCUUCGAUUGACAGCUUCCGUCCCGAAAACGAAGAUCCGACGUUGAAAGUCGCUUACGCCAAGGUUCUCGAAGUCGAGUGCACUCCGAGUGGCAAAGACCCUCUCGGCACGAUUUCAAGUGGCUUCCUCAAAAUCUCGGGCCCGUUGAUAAAGCUAACUGACGAAAUUAUCGGGGAGAGGAGAGCUUUGGAGAGCUCAAGCAGAGGCUCCGACGCGCGGGCUGAUCCUUAG